UGUCCAUUGCGUGUUUUAUUUGGAUCUCGGCAUCUAUUGCAACCCUUGUGUGGCUGACUUGUAUGAAAAUUACCAAGUUUAUAACAGUAGGGGGUAUUUUACAUAAUCUGUUCUACUUUGGAAAACUAAGAGACAGGAAAUACUAUGAUGCGAUUGGACGAUUUCGUUUCUUAGACGUACCUAAACGCUAUUUUCUCCAUUUCUACAUAGUUGGUGUAAUAUUCAAUACAGCAGUGAUUUGUGUCUUUGUUAACGCCAUAUACCGUGGUAAAAUUUGGCCAUCAAUAUUCAGAGAAGUUUUUGAUAUAUUAAAUUAUCCUAAUAUAAGUAAAAAUUCCCAAUUAAAUGGUUUCAACGUAAUUAUUGUUUUGUUAAUGGAAGAAGUUCAAGUUAUAAGAAGACUUUAUGAAUGUGUAGCAGUUCAUAUUUUCUCCGAAAGUAAAAUGAGUAUAAUACAUUAUGGUAUUGGUUUACUUUUCUACUGUUCAUUUUCUUGUGGUGUGUUGUCGGAAGUAGAUCCAAACCAUAUUGUACAAUUUAAAGCCUCAUUAUUGGAAGUGGUUAUCUUAUCAACAUCGAUAGUGAUAUUUAGCUUGUCCUGGUAUAAACAACAUUCAACGUUCAAGAUCUUAGCAAACUUACGAACAUAUAAAAAGGAUUCAAAGACAAGUCUUCAGCAUUUUCUACCCAAUGGCGAUCUAUUCCACUAUGUCUCCUGUCCUCACUUCUUCACAGAAAUACUGAUAUAUUUUGCAAUGAAUUUAGUGUUGAAAUUUCAUCACACUACCGGUCUGUGUUAUUUAUUAUUUAUAUGUGUUAAUCAAGUGACGUUUGGUUUAAUAACUCAUUCAUGGUAUAAACAAACAUUCCCAUCAUACCCUAAACAUCGACGUGCCGUUAUACCGUUCAUUUUAUAAAUACGUGGUUGUACUUAAUUAAGUGAAUAUACUAUAGUUUCGUAUGAAAUCAAAGUUUCGUAUGAAUUGAAUGAUUAUAUUGUAUUGUUUAGUAAGAAUUAUGUGAACAUGAAAAAGUUUCAUUAGAAUUUUAAGAGAACAUGUAUAUUUUUUGGAAAGAAAGGGAAUACAUGGUAUAUAUAAACGCUAUUGACUGAACGUUUAUAGUUUCGUAUGGAUGAAGAGAACAUGUUGGUUUCAUAAUAAUGAUGUAAAUAUAUUUAUUGUGUGGAUGUAUUGUAUUCUGUGUUAAAGUAGCUAAGUCUCUAACUCAAUAUCAUCCAAAAUCUUCGACAUUGAAAACACGAAUUAUUUGUCAAUUUAAAUCAACAUUGAUGUUGUGAUCUUACGGGGAAAAGAUGGGCUUCUGAUAUCCAAUAAUUAAGACAAAAUAAACAUUUUACCGUUGGUACACGGAUCGUGUACCAUGGUGCAUUUCAGCGCCAUUUUUAAACAAGGGACUCGUAGAAAGAGGCUAGAUAUAUUCCACAAGUUAUGUCGAACGGUGACGUCAUAUUCUGGAGAGCAUGGGCAAUAAAAACUAUCGGUAUAGAGCGGAAUAACCAGACGCUAGGGAUUGCCAUUGGAUUGAGACUUCUGGCAUAUUUCCCCGAACAUAACUGAUUAGAAAUUGCAGUAAAAACAGAAACGAUUGAAUGUAAAUCAGUUUAUAUACAUUCACGUUACAUUAUUAUAUACGUUGCGACCCAUUUGUGUCAAUUUCUAGAUCCAAAAUAUUAGUGAUUUAAGUAAGGUAGUGCGAAGUGUUAUAUGUAUAUGUCUGUGUGUUUAGUUUCGUAUAAAUUAUGUAAACACGCAUAUUGUUUUUUGUGUCUAGAUCCUAAAUGCAUAACAUUCGAUUGGAAAAUAUAUUCACACUAACACUAAAUAUAUGUUUAUUGACAAUGAUAAGCGCUGACUUAGAAAACUGCACCCACAAAGGUAGCAACUACUCAAAGAGUGGUUUUGUGUGUCCGUAUUAAUUUUGCUCGAAGGAACAUUGGUAUUAAUUGUUUUGUAUAAUCAAGAAUUAUGUGUUAUGUAGUAAUUUUAUCGGAUUUGGUACAAGUUCAGAGGCUUGGUACCAUGAUUUUAGAGAUAUGCCUCUCAGAAAAAAUUAUAUUAAAAAAGUAUGUAGAGAUAUGAUUUUAGAGAUAUGCCUCUCAGAAAAAAUUAUAUUAAAAAAGUAUGUAGGUAUAUUAUGCAUUGUAUUAAACCAUUUUGUACAUUAAAGCAGGAUUAUGGAAGAUUAGAUAAAGAGCUGACAGCUCUCGCUAUAAUUGUUUUUAAAAAAAAGAUAAUGUAAAGGGAGUAUGCUGAAAAUUUCAGUCAAAUUACUUCACUCUGAGCCGAGAAAUGCUCAUUUCAAAAACACUGUAGCCUUUGUUGUCAUUGUUACCGUCGUUACGAUAAUAAACUAAGUCCCGAUUAUCCAUUUUUACGGUUAAUCAUCAACAGCCAUUGAACCAUAUAUCGGAUUCAAAUCUGUUUAAAAUCGGACCCAUCAGAUGGCAUCAAGAGUUGAGUAUGGUCUUAUCAUGUUAACAAAUUUUUAAUUAAUAGUUUAUAUACUCCGCCAAAUUAAAAACUUGACACUCGGCAUUUUUGGUACUAGAUUUUUAAUAUUUGGUUUGAGGCAACUAUUUUAGUGUUAUGUUGUGCACAGACGACCUUGACAUCAACAGAAAGCAAGAAUACGUCUCGCCGAAAGUCCUUGACAUUGAUAACGUUCGUGAUGUCACAGUACCCCCCAAAAUGAAAUUCACAGACUUGGAGAACAAUCGGAAUAAAGUGUUUAGUAACGGUUGUGGUCUCCUCUGGCGUCUCGUACUGCCACACGUCUUCUCAUGGAUCUCAGAACAUUAGUAAACACUACCCGAGGAAGACGUCGCCACUGCUCAGCAAGAGCAUGUUGAAGGUCCUGCAACGUCAGUGGUGGAUUCACUUGCUGACGAACACGUCGACCCAGUUCGUCCCAGAUGUGUUCAAUAGGAUUAAGGUCGGGGCUAAGCGACGGCCAAUCCAGGACUUGGACACCGGCAUUUUUAAAAAAAUUCUGGGUAGCAAUUGCUGUAUGGGGUCGAGCAUUGUCUUUUUGAAACGUUAGUCCAGGCCCAUGUCUCUGCAUAAACGGAAGAAGAACAGGUUGCAAAAUCUGAUCCCUGUACUGGACAGCAUCUAAGUUCCCUUGGACAACAACAAGAGGAGAACGUCCAUGUGCACAAAAAGAACCCCAAACCAUGACGCUGCCGUCACCAAAUCGGUCAACUUCUCUGAUGCAUACUUGAGCGUAACGUUCACCUCGUCUGCGGU